AUGCUGAGACUCUGCAGACAGGUCAACUACCUUGGAAGAAACAAGCUUGACUGCUAUGCCAUCAUCAUGUACUCCCUGAUCACAGAGUCAGCCAUGAAGAAGAUAGAUGUAAACAGCGCCUUUGUGUUCACUGUGGAUGUCAAGGCCAACAGGCAGCAGAUUAAACAAGCCAUGAAGAAGCUCUCUGGCCUUGAGGUGGCCAAAAUCAACACCUUGAUCAGACAUGAAAGACAGAAGACAUAUGUUCAACUUGUUCCUGACUGUGAUGCUUUGGAUGUUGCCAACAAAUUGAGAUUCUAG